AUGCCGAAGCCACAAGUUCAAGAGGGCGAGGACCCCGAUCCGACUCCAUACCUGUUCGUUUCUCUCGAACAGAAACGUAUCGACCAAAGCAAGCCCUACGAUGGUAAGAAGGCUUGCUGGGUGCCCGACGAGAAGGAGGGCUUCGUCCAGGGUGAGAUCAAGGCCACCAAGGGAGAGCUGGUGACAGUCAACCUGCCCGGAGGCGAGGAGAAGACAUUAAAAAAGGAACUCCUCUCACAAGUAAACCCGCCGAAAUUCGAGAAAGUCGAAGAUAUGGCUGACCUGACAUACCUCAAUGAGGCCGCUGUUCUUCACAAUCUUCGACAACGAUAUUAUGCGAAACUCAUUUAUACCAAAGACUUCAAGAAGGACCUUGUUGCCCAAGUCAACCCGCCUAAGUACGAAAAAUGCGAGGAUAUGUCCAACUUGACAUACCUCAACGACGCUUCAGUUUUGUAUAACUUGAAGCAAAGAUAUUACCAUAAACUUAUUUACACGUACUCCGGUCUCUUCUGUGUGGCUAUCAACCCUUACAAGAGAUUCCCCGUGUACACCACACGAUGCGCCAAGCUCUACCGUGGCAAGCGUCGUUCAGAAGUGCCACCCCACAUCUUCGCCAUUUCCGACGGCGCUUACGUCAACAUGUUGACCAACCACGAGAAUCAAUCUAUGUUGAUUACCGGUGAGUCUGGUGCUGGUAAGACUGAAAACACGAAGAAGGUAAUUGCUUACUUCGCUACCGUCGGUGCUUCUCAAAAGAAGGAUCCUACCCAGGAGAAGAAGGGAUCCCUGGAAGACCAGGUCGUACAAACUAACCCUGUGCUUGAAGCCUUUGGUAACGCCAAGACUGUGCGUAACGACAACUCUUCCCGUUUCGGUAAAUUCAUCCGUAUCCACUUCGGACCCUCUGGAAAACUGGCUGGUGCUGACAUUGAGACCUAUCUGCUUGAGAAGGCUCGUGUCAUCUCCCAACAGUCCCUUGAGCGUUCCUACCACAUCUUCUACCAGAUGAUGUCCGGCUCCGUCCCUGGACUUAAGGAGAUGUGUAUGCUGUCAAACGACGUAUAUGAUUAUUUCAUCAUAUCGCAAGGAAAAACUACCAUCCCCAACGUAGACGAUGGCGAGGAAUCACUGUGUCUUUUGUCUAACGACGUAAUGGACUACAACAUCGUAUCACAAGGCAAGACUGUAAUCCCUGGCGUCGACGACGGCGAGGAGAUGAAACUUACAGACCAAGCUAUGGACGUCCUUGGUUUCACCCAAGAAGAAAAGGACAAUGUAUACAAGAUCACCGCCGCUGUAAUGCACAUGGGUUGUAUGAAGUUCAAGCAGAGGGGUCGUGAGGAACAGGCUGAGGCCGACGGCACUGAGGACGGUGACAAGGUUGCCAAGCUCCUCGGAGUCGACUGUGCUGAUUUAUACAAGAACUUGCUGAAGCCUCGCAUCAAGGUCGGAAACGAGUUCGUCACCCAGGGUCGUAACAAGGACCAGGUCAUCAACUCCGUCGGUGCCCUUUGCAAGGGUGUGUUCGAUCGUCUGUUCAAGUGGCUCGUGAAGAAGUGUAACGAAACUCUAGACACCAAGCAGAAGAGACAACACUUCAUCGGUGUACUGGAUAUUGCUGGUUUCGAGAUCUUCGACUUUAAUGGGUUCGAACAACUUUGUAUUAACUUCACAAACGAAAAACUGCAACAAUUUUUCAACCACCACAUGUUUGUGUUGGAACAAGAAGAGUACACUAAAGAAGGCAUUCAUUGGGAAUUCAUUGACUUUGGGAUGGACUUAUUAGCCUGCAUUGACCUUAUUGAAAAGUACAACGGUUUCGAGCAACUCUGCAUUAACUUCACAAAUGAGAAGCUCCAGCAAUUCUUUAACCACCACAUGUUCGUACUCGAACAAGAGGAGUACAAGAAGGAAGGCAUCAACUGGGCUUUCAUUGAUUUCGGAAUGGACUUGCUAGCUUGUAUCGAUUUGAUCGAGAAGUACAACGGUUUUGAACAACUCUGCAUUAAUUUCACCAACGAGAAACUUCAGCAAUUCUUUAACCACCAUAUGUUCGUGCUGGAGCAAGAGGAAUACCAGCGCGAAGGCAUCGAAUGGACUUUCAUUGACUUUGGCAUGGAUCUGCAGAAUUGCAUUGACCUUAUAGAAAAGCCUAUGGGUAUCCUCUCAAUUCUUGAGGAAGAGUCUAUGUUCCCUAAAGCUACCGAUCAAACCUUCGUUGAAAAGUUGAACAACAACCACUUGGGUAAAUCUGCUCCUUACCUGAAGCCCAAACCUCCCAAGCCUGGUUGCCAAGCCGCCCACUUCGCCAUCGGUCACUACGCCGGAAAUGUCGGCUACAACAUCACUGGAUGGCUUGAGAAGAACAAGGACCCUCUUAACGACACUGUCGUAGACCAAUUCAAGAAGGGUAGCAACAAACUGUUGGUCGAAAUCUUCGCUGAUCAUCCCGGACAAUCCGGUGACGCCGGUGGUGGCGGUGGCAAGGGAGGUCGCGGUAAGAAGGGAGGUGGUUUUGCUACUGUCUCCUCCGCGUACAGGGAACAACUGAACAACUUGAUGACCACCCUGAGGUCGACCCAACCUCACUUCGUACGUUGUAUCAUUCCCAACGAAACGAAGACUCCUGGUCUCAUCGACUCUCACCUUGUUAUGCACCAGCUGACCUGUAACGGUGUGCUUGAAGGCAUCCGUAUUUGCCGUAAAGGUUUCCCCAACAGGAUGGUAUACCCUGACUUCAAGCUCCGUUACAUGAUCCUUGCACCAGCGAUCAUGCAAGCUGAAAAAGAUCCUAAAGAGGCAGCUAGGAAGUGUCUCGAAGCCAUCAACUUAGAUCCCGAAAGCUAUCGUAUAGGUCACACGAAGAUCCUGGCUCCACAAGCCUGCGCCAAGGAAUCUGACCCUAAGAAAGUGGCCCAAAUCAUUUUGGAAACAACUGGCUUGGAUGUCGAGUCAUACCGUCUGGGUCACACGAAGGCAUGUUUGAAGUUUUCAUACAAAAUUCUGUGCCCCAACCUGCUCAAAGAACCAAUAAGUGCUGAGAAAGCCACCGAGAAAAUUCUCGAACAUACUGGCUUGGACUCGGAGUCUUUCAGGCUCGGAAAAACUAAGGUAUUCUUCCGUGCCGGUGUCUUGGGUCAGAUGGAAGAGUUGCGUGACGAUAGGCUGUCCAAGAUUAUCUCUUGGCUCCAGGCCUACAUCCGUGGUUACCUGUCCCGUAAGGAUUACAAGAAGUUGCAGGAACAGAGAUUGGCUCUCCAAGUUGUCCAGCGCAACUUGCGCAAGUACUUGCAGCUCCGCACCUGGCCAUGGUGGAAACUGUGGCAGAAGGUCAAGCCUCUCCUCAACGUCACCCGCAUCGAGGAUGAAAUCGCGAAAUUGGAAGAGAAAGCACAAAAAGCCCAGGAAGCCUUCGAGAAGGAAGAGAAACUCCGAAAGGAAGUUGAGGCCCUCAACAACAAGCUUCUGGAAGAAAAGCAAGCUCUUCUGGCUUCACUUGAGGGAGAAAAGGGUUCUCUUUCCGAGACCCAAGAGCGUGCUGCUAAACUCCAGGCCCAAAAGGCUGACCUCGAGAGUCAACUUAGGGAUACUCAAGACCGUCUUACUCAAGAAGAGGAUGCCCGUAACCAACUCUUCCAAGCCAAGAAGAAGUUGGAGCAGGAAGUCUCUGGUCUUAAGAAGGACAUUGAAGACCUCGAACUUUCCGUCCAGAAGUCUGAACAGGACAAGGCAACUAAAGACCACCAAAUCCGCAACUUGAAUGAUGAAAUCGCCCACCAGGACGAGCUCAUCAACAAACUUAACAAGGAAAAGAAACUCCAAGGUGAAUCAACUCAAAAGACAGCUGAGGAGUUGCAGGCUGCUGAGGACAAGGUCAACCACCUCAACAAAGUUAAGCAAAAGCUUGAGCAGACUCUUGACGAACUCGAGGACUCUCUGGAGCGUGAGAAGAAACUCCGCGCUGACGUUGAGAAGCAGAGGAGGAAGGUUGAGGGAGACCUUAAACUUACGCAGGAGGCCGUUUCUGACCUUGAGCGCAACAAGAAGGAGCUCGAACAGACCAUCCAACGCAAGGACAAAGAAAUCUCUUCCCUUACUGCCAAGCUCGAGGACGAACAGUCUUUGGUUAGCAAGGUUCAGAAACAAAUCAAGGAACUACAGGCCCGUAUCGAGGAGUUGGAAGAGGAAGUCGAAUCCGAACGUCAAGCUCGCGCAAAGGCUGAGAAACAACGUGCUGACUUGGCUCGCGAACUCGAAGAGUUGGGUGAGCGUCUUGAGGAAGCUGGUGGUGCAACCUCUGCUCAAAUUGAGCUUAACAAGAAGCGUGAAGCCGAGCUUAGCAAGCUUCGUCGUGACUUGGAGGAAGCUAACAUUCAACACGAGUCUACCCUCGCUAACCUUCGCAAGAAGCACAAUGAUGCUGUUGCGGAGAUGGGCGAGCAGCUAGACCAGCUUAACAAACUUAAGGCUAAGGCUGAGAAAGAGCGUUCUCAAUACUUUAGCGAAGUCAAUGACCUUCGCGCCGGUCUCGACCACUUGUCCAACGAAAAGGCUGGCCAAGAGAAGAUCGUCAAACAACUGCAACACCAACUUAAUGAAGUACAAGGCAGAGCUGAUGAAGCCAACCGUACCCUCAAUGACUUGGAUGCCGCCAAGAAGAAGUUGUCCAUCGAGAACUCUGACCUCCUCCGUCAAUUGGAGGAGGCCGAGUCCCAGGUGUCUCAGCUAUCUAAGAUCAAGGUGUCGCUUACAACUCAGUUGGAAGACACCAAGAGGCUCGCUGACGAGGAGGCUAGGGAACGUGCCACCCUUCUUGGCAAAUUCCGCAACCUCGAACACGACUUGGACAACAUUCGUGAACAAGUUGAAGAGGAAGCCGAGGGCAAGGCCGACUUACAACGCCAACUAUCUAAGGCCAACGCUGAAGCUCAAUUAUGGCGUUCCAAGUACGAGUCUGAAGGUGUUGCCCGCUCCGAAGAACUCGAGGAAGCCAAGCGUAAACUCCAGGCCCGUCUUGCUGAAGCCGAAGAGACCAUUGAGUCCCUCAACCAGAAGGUUGUUGCUCUCGAAAAGACCAAGCAACGUCUUGCCACCGAAGUCGAGGACCUGCAACUCGAGGUUGACCGUGCUACCGCUAUUGCCAACGCAGCUGAGAAGAAACAGAAGGCCUUCGACAAGAUCAUUGGAGAAUGGAAACUUAAGGUUGAUGACCUGGCCGCUGAACUUGAUGCUAGUCAGAAGGAAUGCCGCAACUACUCUACCGAACUGUUCCGUCUCAAGGGUGCCUACGAAGAAGGACAGGAACAACUUGAAGCUGUCCGCCGUGAAAACAAGAACCUUGCCGAUGAAGUUAAGGACCUGCUUGACCAAAUCGGUGAAGGUGGACGCAACAUUCACGAAAUUGAAAAGGCAAGGAAACGUCUUGAAGCCGAGAAAGAUGAACUCCAAGCUGCUCUUGAGGAAGCUGAAGCUGCUCUUGAACAAGAAGAAAACAAGGUCCUCCGUGCUCAACUUGAGUUGUCUCAAGUCAGACAAGAGAUUGACAGAAGGAUCCAAGAGAAGGAAGAGGAAUUCGAAAACACCCGCAAGAACCACCAACGUGCCCUGGACUCUAUGCAAGCCUCCCUCGAAGCCGAAGCUAAGGGUAAGGCUGAGGCCCUGCGCAUGAAGAAGAAGUUAGAAGCCGAUAUCAAUGAACUUGAAAUCGCUCUUGACCACGCUAACAAGGCUAACGCUGAAGCACAGAAGAACAUUAAGCGCUACCAAGGACAGAUCAAGGACCUCCAGACUGCUCUUGAAGAGGAACAACGUGCUCGUGAUGACGCUCGUGAACAGCUUGGCAUCUCAGAACGUCGUGCCAACGCUCUUCAGAAUGAACUUGAAGAAUCUCGUACACUUCUUGAACAGGCUGACCGUGCUCGCCGCCAGGCUGAACAAGAACUUGGAGAUGCUCAUGAACAGCUUAAUGAGUUGUCUGCCCAAAACGCUUCCCUAUCUGCAGCCAAGAGGAAACUCGAAUCUGAGCUCCAGACCCUUCACUCCGACCUCGACGAACUUCUCAAUGAAGCUAAAAACUCUGAAGAGAAGGCAAAGAAGGCUAUGGUUGAUGCCGCUAGGCUUGCCGACGAACUCCGCGCUGAACAGGAGCACGCUCAGACUCAGGAGAAACUCCGCAAGGCCCUUGAACAACAAAUCAAGGAAUUGCAAGUCAGGCUUGACGAGGCUGAAGCCAACGCACUUAAGGGAGGAAAGAAGGCCAUCCAGAAACUCGAACAAAGGGUACGAGAACUCGAGAACGAGCUCGACGGUGAACAAAGGAGACACGCUGAUGCCCAGAAGAACCUGCGUAAGGCUGAAAGGCGCAUCAAGGAACUGUCCUUCCAAGCUGAGGAAGACCGCAAGAACCACGAGCGUAUGCAAGACCUUGUUGACAAACUGCAACAGAAGAUCAAGACCUACAAGAGGCAGAUCGAGGAAGCCGAAGAAAUCGCCGCCCUCAACUUGGCUAAAUUCCGCAAGGCCCAACAAGAGCUGGAGGAGGCCGAGGAAAGGGCAGACCUUGCUGAGCAGGCCAUUAGCAAAUUCCGUGGCAAGGGACGUGCGGGAUCUGCUGCGAGAGGAGUCAGUCCGGCGCCCCAACGCCAGCGCCCCGCCCACGACGGCUUCGGCACCUUCCCACCAAGGUUCGACCUGGCGCUUGAAAACGAUUUUUAA